AUGCAGACUAUCCGUAAAGCAUCUCCUUCAACUUCGCUGUCUCAACAACUCCUUGUUUUGGGUACGGAUUAUUGGAGAAGGAUAGAGGACUUUCCAUAUUCUGGUUAUGUCAAUUGUGUAGGAACAUUUGUUAGUGGCACAAUCAAUUGGUUUGCAUUUGGUGAUUUGGAUGAGUAUGCUAUUGUUUCGCUUGAUUUGAAGAAGGAGACGUAUCAAAAUAUUACACCUCCUGAUUUGGAGAAGGAUUUAUGGACCUUGGGGGUGGUGAGGGAUUGUUUGUGUACCUUUGCACGUAGUAAGAUGUUAUUGGAUGUUUGGAUUAUGAAGGAGUAUGGUAAUAAAGAGUCUUGGAUUAAAUUGUACAAUGUUCCUUACAUGGAAGAUCGAGAAUUUAGUGCUUGUAUGCUUGCCAUAGAAAAGGCUAUUGAUUUGCAAGUCACUGCUCUAUGGAUUGAGACUUAUUCAAUAUUGGUUGUCAAAGCUUUCCACAAGUCUGAAGGUGUACCUUGGAGAAUGCAUUCUAGAUGGCAUAACUGCAUGAAGCUUUGGGGCCAUCUCAGGGGCAAAGUUUCUCAUGUUCUUAGGGAGAGUAAUAUGGUGGCUGAUGCACUUUGCUAA